AACUCUUUGAAUGAUUUAUAAUUUCUUCUUCUUCGCCCUGCAGGUUCUGGAGGAGGAGCGAGAUCUGUCAGACCGCGACACGGACCUGGAGGACUCACCUGAUCUCACCAACGGUUCCUCCUGGAGGGAGACGAGUAAGAAAGAGGAGGAAGAGGAAGAGGAGGAAGAGGUUCCAGCGGCGGGCGGCGUCUCGGCCGGACGGCAGGCCAUGUGUCACCUCCUGGCUCCUCCUCUGGAGCGGUCGGGAAGAGAAACCCCCGUCAGCGUGGACUCAAUCCCGCUGGAGUGGGAUCACACGGUCGACGUGGGAGGAUCUUCAUCGCAUGAGGAUGACGAGGAUGCAACCUUCUUCAGCGCGCUGUCAGGUAACAUCUGCAGCGGUUUGUUUCUCAUCAAUGUGCAGGUCACAGAGAGUUCAGAGUCGUUUGUUAAAGCAGUGAAAGCAGCAGCAGCCUCGGUGAAAUCAGUGACCGACCCGCCCAACUGGCACCAGCCCGGCUCUCCAGAGAGGAAACGAGUUCCCCGAGAAAUUAUCCGAGGCCAGCAGGGAUAUGUUAAGCUGAUGUCGGAGUGCAGCGGCAGCAUCAACAGUGUGAAGAGAGUCAAGCUGAUCCUGAACGAUGAAGAGGAGCUGGAGGAAACGGGUCUGACCAGCAGCACGGCCGACAAACAGACCAGCACAGCGUUUCCUCACUGCGACUCUUUUUUUGGUGUUUGUUCAGGUGUGAUCGAGCGUUGGGAGCUGCUACAAGUACAGAAGUUCAGCAGUGAGACGGACAUUAAGCAGGAUCUGGAGCAGUGGCAGAAGCUCAACGCCGAUCUCUGUGAUGUCACUUCCUGGCUGGGCAGGAUGCUGCCGGAGCUGGAGAGGCUGCAGCGAAUCGCUCCGUCCACCAGCGUCCGAGACAUCGAGGUCAACAUCAGGAAACUGAAGGAGAUGCAGAAAACCUUCAACAGCUACAAGUGUCUGAUGAUCUCCGUCAACCUGAGCAGCCGUCACUUCCUGCGAGGCGACAGCGCCGAGCUGCGGGAGCUGCGUGACGCUCUGAGCUCCGCCAACCACAGCUGGACGCAGGCCUGCGGAGGGCUGGAGAGCUGGGAGAGGAGGCUACACUCUGCACUCAUGCAGUGUCAGGAGUUCCACGAGACGCUUCACUCUCUGCUGUUGUGGCUCGCUCAGGCCGAGAAUAAAAUCAGAGCUGUAAAGAUCAGCGACCUGUCGACCUCACGCUCCACACUGCUGGAGCAAAGAGACAUGCUGACGGUUAAUAUCUUUAUAUCCCCGUUAAAUCCCUGCUGUGCUCUCUGUCGCCCCCUGCUGCAGGCUCUGCAGGAGGAGCUGCGUGGCCGUCAGCGAGGAGUCUCCUCACUGCAGGAGAUUUCCUCCCAGCUCCUCCUGGAGGCCGCCAGAGAAGACAGCGUGGAGGCCAAGGAGAAGGUCCACGUCAUCGGCAACAAACUGCAUCUACUGCUCCGACAGGUGGCGUCCAACCUGCACGCGCUGCAGGGGAGACUGGAAAGCUGCUACACCAGCUCUGAGAUGGACAGCAUCGGUCUGGGAACGCUCAGCUCUCCUCUGCUGCUGCAAAAGAUUAAAAUGGUUAAAACUAAAACACUGUCUUUUUCCACAUCCAGGGAGGAGAGGAAGGACUCUUCCCCACACAGACCCUUCUUCUCUCGGGUUCUACGAGCGGCCUUCCCCCUUCACCUGCUCUUCCUCAUGCUGCUGGUCCUGGCCUGCCUGGUGCCUCUAUCUGAGGAAGACUACAGCUGCGCACUGUCCAACAACUUCGCCCGCUCCUUCUACCCAAUGCUGCGUUACACUAACGGCCCUCCUCCCACAUGAAACACUGCCACGACGCUCAGCUGGUGAAGCUCAUCUCUUAAACCUCUCCUCCUGACAAGAGGAACACUGAAAAACAGGACUCCUUAAACAGUAUUAAAAGGUGCAAAAGACGCCUUCUCCCCGCCACAAAAGAAGCACCGCCAUUCAAUAUACGAAGGCCUCAUCUUAUGUGUUAUUUGACUUCAUUUUAUUGGUGUAUUUAAAAAGAAUUAUUUAUUUAUUCUCUGUGGAGCUACACACAUAUGACAAAAAGCCAUAUCACUGGUUUGUUUUUAAAUGUAGUCGACGUCCCUGCUGACCAUCUUCAACAUACGGUGCAAAGAAGAAGAAAAAAAAAAAGUCAAGAUUUAUUUUGAUAUCUAUACAGUAUAUUUUCUUUUCUUUUUUUUUGUACUUUCACAAUAGUCCGUGGGAUCUAGUACAAUCGAGUUUGGAGGAUAAAAAAGGACAAUUAUCACCAAAGCAUUGAGGACUACGCUGGCCAUUUUCUACCGCAGCAGCUAUUUUUAUGGUUUUUCAUAGAGGGCAGCCACUUGUUGUUAACACAUUUUGUACAGAAAG